AAUAACCAACGAGAACAAGAACAACAUAACUCCCGUAUCUUCCGGUGUUGGAGUUUUGGGUUGUGUCGAAGUGAGGGUUUCUCAGUUCCUCAGAGCCCAAGAUCUCUCUCCUCUCUGCGCAUAUGUCUUCUGUCUUGUUUAUUCUCAACUAAAACAUUCUCCCAAGCAAGGUGGGUAUUGGAAGGCUAUCGAUGUUCGUCGUUUCAAAUAUCGAUUUGGGCAUUAUCAGAACUGGGUUUCUGUUGAUUUUGUGACUUGUGUUGUCAUUUGGGAUAUUUUGAGGGUGGUGUGCUUGGUAUAUUGUGGGUUGAGAGACCAUGCCUUCUACACACAAUCAGGCAGCAGGUCCUUCUACACCUUUGGCUUCGUUGGGUCGCUCCAUUUGGACUCGGCGAGAGGAGGUUCACUCCAUUGAAGCUAAUCGCGAGUCUAGUGCACUGGAGUUAGAGCUUCAAUCUUUUCAGAAACAUGUUGCGGACCUAUUUCAUGACUUGGCAGCUGUUGAUGCUGAUGAGGUGCUCUCUAUUGCAUGGACUCAGAAGCUUUUAGAUGUUUUCAUCAGCUGCCAAGAGGAAUUCAGGGGCAUCUUUCUGAAGAACAAAGAACAUAUUUCUAAGCCACCCAUGGACCAUUGGACUGAUGAAUACUUAGAAAGGAGUUUGAAGGCACUUGACAUUUGUAAUGCAUCUCGUGAUGGGAUUGAGAAGAUUCGUACCUGGCAUAAGCAUUUAGAGAUUGUUCUGUGCGCCUUGGAUUCUCGCCAGAGGGCAUAUUGUGAGGGCCAGUUCCGUCGAGCAAGAAAAGCUUUGAUGGAUUUGGCACUUGAAAUGCUUGAUGGGAGAGACUCUGGGUCUGCAUUUUCACAGCGGAAUUGGUCUUUUGGGCGUCACAACACAAGAAAGGAUCGUCACCGACAUACCUCAUCAGGACAUUCUCGCUCUCACUCAUGGAGCACAUCUGCUUCUUGGUCUGCAGCUAAGCAGCUGCAAUCCAUUGCAAACAACUUGGUAGCACCUCGUGGGAAUGAAAAUGCUGCAACCAAUGGGCUUGCAGGAUCUGUAUUCACAAUGAGUUCUGUGCUCAUUUUUGUUUUGUCAGCACUUGUGGCUGCAAUACCUUGUCAGGAUCGAGGUCUUACUACUCAUUUUUCCAUCCCACCACAGUUCCCAUGGGGUAUCCCCUUAAUCUCACUUCACGAACGGAUAAUCGAAGAAUCUAAGAAGCGGGAGCGUCAGAGCUCCAAUGGGUUGCUGAAGGAGAUUUAUCAGGCUGAGAAAUGCACACGCCGCGUGACAGACUUUGUUGAUCUGGUUCAGUUUCCAUUGACAGAGGAACAGAAAUUGGAACUUGAACAAGUACUUGAGGAGCUAGCAUCAAUAUGUGAGAAGUUUAAAAAUGGAUUGGGUCCACUGGAACGCCAAAUUAGGGAUGUCUUCCGCAGGAUUAUGAACUGCCGAACUGAGGGUCUUGAAGUUUUGAGUAAGGCAGGCAACCUGGAGUAACUUAAAAUAAUAGCUAAUUUUACGAGCACGAAAUGUACAAAUCUGCGAAUAUAUAUUUUGUCCUGCAUAUUUCUGCCUUUUGCAAGGAGAGACAACGACGAAAGAUGGUCCGCAACAGCACAAAGGUUAAGCAAGUAUCCUGUUAUACUCUUUCAUUUCUGUAAAGAGCCUAGUGUUUUCAUCGGAUCAUUCCUCGCUAGUAAAAUGAUUUUGCUUUGCUGGUUGUUA